CGUAUGCGUCGGGGGUAAAAUACGGAGGGUAAAAAAAAUCUAGUCCGAUAAUUUUACUUCUAAAGAAAUAUUCCAUAACAAAUAUGGCUGACAUGUAAAGAGAGAAAGUGCAAAGUGUCCUGUUGUAUAUCUUGUUGCACAAUUUUCAACACACAUGAUUUUGUAACAUGGAAUAUCCUAGCCAGUUCUGCAAUGGCUCCCGUCAACCACAAAGGUCGUACCUUUCUUCUAACACUCUUCUGAUACGAGAUGCCAGUUCAUAUCACGAGAAAUGUAUUCCUAAAGAAACGAGAGAGCGUAUUAGAUCAGCACCACCGAAGUUAAAAAAUGCAAGAGACUACCAAAUAUGCAAUCAUGUUGCUGAAGAAAUGAUCUGGGAAGAAAGGUGCAAGAAGGAAAGAUCCCUGCAAAAGAAAUGGGAAAACAAUCUUAGUUUUCUGGCACAAUAUGAUCCGAAUGGUAACUUAAAACCUAAGAAAGAAGUUUCUACUGUCGUACCUACUGUUUAUCAGGUGACAACGACAAGACCGUUAACAGCUUCUAGAGAGUACGGCCACAGAGUGAACACUCCUCCUGCUCAGACUAUGCAGCGCUUGCAACAGAAAAUGACACAAGGUCUCAAACGAAACAAAGAUCUUGUAUAUUACGAUUGAACAUAGAGUUUUUUCAGAAUUUAGCUAAGAAUUUUUGUGUGUUAAUAAAUUGUAAGUAUUUUUAUUUUUAUUUUUUUUAAUUUAUUCAUUAUUACCAGUGUUUUAUGUAAUACUAAUAUAUUAUGGAUUUUUAUAAAUAGUGAACUAAUUUAAUAUGGAUUUUUAUAAAUAAUGAAAAAGAUCAAUCGAUUAUUUUAUAGCUACAACAAUGUUUUUGGUGCAAAUACUACAGCUUACGUAAAGUGACUACAUGUUAUCGCUUUUCCCUUCUCUUCAUUUAACCACACCUCUCGCGAAAGAAAGUAGCUUCUCUAUUCACGAUAAUUUGUUGAAAUGUGCUGUUGUGUAUAUAUAGUAAUAUAUUCCUAGGCUUUUAGUCUUUGUUCAUAUACUAAAAAUAAUAUUUUGUUUUAACAGACCAGUACUUGAAGUUUUUAAACUAUGAGAGUUUCUUAAGAUAACAUCUGAGGGUUGUCUUUGAGGAGUGCUAUGAACUCUGGUUUGAUCCUAAAACACACAUUUUUUUCUACAACUUGUACCAGCACUAAAAUACAAGCCAGACACAUCAUUUAGAUAGGCCACCUUUUAUACCAACUAGAUUUUUUAUUGGGUGUUUGUAGUUCGCAGCAACAUUGUUUGAAAAUCUCAAAACGGUAGUCUUUCCCAGCAUUGUAUAUACGUAUUAUACUUUUUUAUACUAACUGAAUUUAUUUUAACUAAUUGUAUUUUUGCAUUUAUAUGGAAUAACGAUGAAAUUACGAAGUUCUUUGUUUGUACAUAUCUGGUCAGUCCUGUCUCCAAGGUUUUCUUGUAAUACCGAAACAGCAAUUUGUAUCUUCUAUCCUUCCCGUUGUCAAUUAGACAGAAGGCCUUGGUGGAAAAGACGGUUUUCUUUUGAUCUUUUGACCCUAGCAUUCAAACUCUGUCGCUGCAGUUCAACUAACAACUCGCAUCGCAAGACGGAACAUCAUGCAUGUUUGCUGUCAGCCAAAUAUACACUAUGCUACAAAUAAUCGAAAUGUGGACUGUGUAAGCGAUGCACGAAAUAAAUAUGGCGGGUAAGUUAAAGAAAGAGAUGAAUUUGUCGGCCCAGUUUCUUUAAGUACACUGUGUAUAUUUCAGGUAAAAUCUAAUAGAAGUAACGAAAAAAUUGAUUUAUAAAAAAUUGUUACACGUGUUCUUUGCUGCUAGUUAUAUCCCGACUAUUUCCCCUCAAAUUUUUCAGGAUAUAAUUAACCCCAUUUGUUUACAAGUCGUUCUCAAAAGAGUCCAACAAGAAUGUUUUUUUGUUUUUUGGCUUGUCAUUCCAGGAUUUCUGAGCAGCUGGUGUUGAAACUGAAGAUUACAUCCCGGUGUCCAUUGACUUUGUCGCUGCCAUUCACCUAUUACA